AUGGGUGCUGCAUAUAAAAUACUUGGAAAGACCGUUCAGCCUCAUGUAUUGGCUAUAUCUACGGGGGUUGUUACAGCUGCAGUGACAUACUAUUUCACGAUGAAACCAAAGAGUAGUAACGAAGCUAAGGAUAUUUCGCAUUUGAACGAAAAAAAAGAUGAUAAGACUGCCAACAUUAAUGGGAAGGAUGAUGAUGUUAUGAAGAGUAUUGAGGGAUUUUUAAAUGAUUUGGAGAAAGAUGCAAAGCAAGAUACGAAGGCCAAGGGAUCAUAG